ACUAGGGACUCUGCCUCCUGGCACAAGAACUUGGGGCACCCCAUCCCAGUUCUGAUCCCUAGAUUGGUCUUCUGUCCUCACAGGUGGGAGGUGAUCAGAUUGCCUCCUUUCCUCCUCAACCUCCUUUUUUCCCCCCUGACUUUUGACCUUUGAGUACCUGUGAGAAGGAAUUAAGUAUCUAAGCUCUACUCUCCCAGGGGGGUUCCUUUCAGCCCAUACUUAAAUGGUGAAGAUAGUUCAACUUGGUUACUAGGAAUUUAAUCCUUUUCUACUUAGUGACUAAAUUCCUGUUAUUGUAACCUUCCCUCUCUUGGGUUAGAGGCAGGAAUUUUGUCUUUCUUCCAGACUGACAGCUGACAGAUUGGAAAUCCUAAGAGGUCCCCCACACCUCAUUAAUUACACCCUUUUUGAUUAUUCUAACACAGACACUUUGUUUUCAGAAAGUUCGGGAGCAUUGAGAAAGAGGACUAGGACAGAAGGAGGAGGAGAGAGAGGGUAGAAUGGAAGAAUCUCAUUUCAAUUCUUCCCCCUACUUCUGGCCAGCAGUUCCCACAGUCUCAGGACAGAUAGAAAACACCAUGUUCAUCAACAAGAUGAAGGAUCAGCUGCUACCAGAGAAAGGUUGUGGUCUGGCUCCACCUCACUAUCCCACCCUGUUAACGGUGCCUGCCUCAGUACCCUUACCCUCAGGCAUCAGCAUGGAUGCAGAUACAAAGCCAGAUCAGCUGACACCACACAGCCAGGCUUCAGUCACUCAGAACAUCACUGUGGUGCCAGUGCCAUCCACAGGACUAAUGACUGCUGGUCCAGGCUUGGUGAUCACAUCCCCCUCAGGCUCUCUAGUGACUACAGCCUCCUCAGCUCAGACCUUUCCCAUCUCAGCUCCCAUGAUUGUGUCAGCCCUUCCCCCUGGCUCCCAAGCCCUGCAGGUGGUCCCUGACCUCUCCAAGAAGGUGGCAUCAGCUCUGGCAGAAGAGGGCGGGGGCGGGGGCGGGGGUGGGGGCAGUGUGGCUUCCAAGCCUCCCCGGGGCCGAAAGAAGAAGCGGAUGCAGGAAUCAGGGCUGCCUGAGAUGAAUGACCCUUAUGUGCUCUCCCCCGAGGAUGACGAAGACCAUCAGAAGGAUGGCAAGACCUACAGGAGCCAGGGAAACUGCGGCACAGGAAAUGGACAGAGCCCUGGGCUCAUGGAUUCAGGCUCCACCACCAACUUGCUGUGUGACCCUGGGUGUCGGAUGUGUUCGCUGACCUUCUAUUCCAAGUCGGAGAUGCAAAUCCACUCCAAGUCACACACAGAGACCAAGCCCCACAAGUGCCCGCACUGUUCCAAGACCUUCGCCAACAGCUCCUACUUGGCCCAGCACAUCCGUAUCCACUCAGGGGCCAAGCCCUACACCUGUUCCUACUGCCAGAAGGCCUUCCGCCAGCUCUCCCACCUCCAGCAGCACACACGGAUCCACUCCAAGCUGCAUACGGAGACUGUCAAGCCCCACAAGUGCCCGCACUGCUCCAAGACCUUCGCCAACAGCUCCUACCUGGCCCAGCACCUCCGUAUCCACUCGGGGGCCAAGCCUUACACCUGUUCCUACUGCCAGAAGGCCUUCCGCCAGCUCUCCCACCUUCAGCAGCACACACGAAUCCAUACCGGAGAUCGACCAUACAAAUGUGCACACCCAGGCUGUGAAAAAGCCUUUACUCAACUCUCCAACUUGCAGUCCCACAGACGACAGCACAACAAAGAUAAACCCUUCAAGUGCCACAACUGUCAUCGAGCAUACACAGAUGCAGCCUCAUUGGAGGUGCACCUCUCCACACAUACAGUGAAGCAUGCAAAAGUGUAUACCUGUUCAAUCUGCAGCCGUGCAUACACAUCGGAGACAUACCUGAUGAAACACAUGCGAAAACACAAUGCUCCAGAUCUCCAGCAGCAGCAGCAGGUAUCAGCAGUAUCAGCAGCAGCCGCUGCCGCAGCAGCAGUGGCCCAGGCCCAGGCCCAGGCUCAGGCUCAGGCCCAGGCUCAAGCUCAGGCCCAGGCUCAAGCUCAAGCUCAAGCUCAGGCUCAAGCUCAAGCUCAGGCUCAAGCUUCCCAAGCCUCACAGCAGCAGCAGCAACAGCAGCAGCAACAGCACUUCCAGCCCCCUGGGGCAGCCCCCCAAGGUGGGGGUGGUGGGGACAGCAAUCCUAAUCCUCCACCCCAGUGUUCCUUUGACCUGACCUCCUACAAAACAGCUGAGCACCAUAAGGACAUUUGCCUCACAGUUACCACCAGCACCAUCCAGGUGGAGCACCUGGCCAGCUCCUAGAGACUUGAUUCCAGCCGACUGAGGGAAGAGAAGAGGCCCCAUCUCUGUCCCCCCCCCCCCCCAAUCUGCACCCCCUCUACCACUGCCCUACCCUACUGGCAAGUGGCAGGAUUUGGCUCCACUUUCUUGGACCUUUGGCUUCAGCUUCCUACAAAGGACACCACCCUACUCCCAGCUCUUUGCUCAAAGAGCAACAACUCUUUGGGUCUGAAAAGGAACUCUGAGUUGCCAAGUGGGGCCCAACUGUAUUCCCUACAAUCAUAUGGUGAAAGGGCUAUGAAAGUUGUAGUGGGGAAGGGGGUGGUGAGUAUUUAAGGAAGAGGCUUUCUGGUGGCAACCUUGAAAUAUGCCAAACCUGAGAUCUUCCUUUCCCCAUACCCUCACUUCAGAAAUUGGGUUAAUUUCCAGCAAAAGGGGGAAAGACCAAGAGGUUGACCCCUCCAAGCUAUUGGAGAGGAGGGAACCCCAGACCCAGGCCUUUGUUGCUCUGUUUUCACCUACAGAUGGACAAGUUCAUUUGGCUUUUGCCCCUGCUCUGCCUGAGGCAGUAGGAGAGAGAUUUUUUAUUGGUGGGGAGGGGGCUGGAGUUAAGACCUCCUGGAAUGAAUCUCUGGAUUACUAAGGGACGGAGGCUGUGGUCCCCAAGGGGCCAAAGAUUCCCCAUAUGGUUUAAGAAAAAAAAAAAAAAAGGAGGGAAAAGUUUUCCUUGGAGUAUUGGUCCCUCUCCUUUCCCUUCUUCAGUCACUCUUUGGUCCCCCAACCAAUCCUUUCCCCUUUUGGCCAAAGCCUUGCUCUCAGAGGCUUUCCCCAUCUUUAGGCCCUGGGAGCCAGGUAGCCCCAAGGAGUUUCAGGACAUUUGUGUUCUUAAUGAAACCCAAAGCAAAAGGGGCUAUAGAAAAGGGAAGAGUUUGGACUGGAGUUAGAUCCCUGAGGUGUUGGGGCCAUUUGAAUGGGACAUGGAUUUAUAUAUAAAUAUAUAUAUAUAAAUAUAUAUAUAUAUACACCCACUUACCACGGCCAUCUUUGUAACCGUUUCUUUGUUGUUUAUAAAUGCAUUAUCUCUGAGAAUUUUCAUUUUCAAUUUUUUUUCAUUAUUUUUUCUCAUGUAUUUUUUUGUUGUCUAUUUUUUCUUUUCC